AUGCAGCCCCCGCCGCCGGCGACGGAGGGGGAGCGCAUAGUCCCGCGGGAGCGAGCGGGACAGGGCGCACAGGACGCAGGGUUCCGUCAGGAGCGCGCCAAAGGGGCGCCCGCGCCAGAGCCCCCCAAGCCCGGCUGGGCCCUAACGCUGGAGGGGCUGGCGGCCGCACCCCCCGCGCAGCGCCACCGCCAGCUGCUCUUCGGCGACGUGCUUGAGGACGUGGGCGCGGCGGCCUCCAUCUUCCCGCGCGAGUCUGUGGAGCUGGGGUACCGGAUGCCCGACCCGCGCGCGUGGACGCAGCCGCUAGAGCCGGCGGAGUGCCAGGAGCGGCUCCUCGGCGUCCUCAAGGCAGCCGAGGCCCGAGGCCGAGUCCGCGCCUUGCGACUGCGCUACACCCGCAUGCGGGCGGAGGAGAUCUCGCUCCUCAUUCUGCAUCAGAAGUCCGCGCGCGCCGCCAUCCGGCUGGAGCUGUUCCUGCCGCCGCUGAAGCCCACGCGGAUCCGGGACCCCCUGGACCGUCAAGAGCGGAGGCGCGUGGAGACCAUCCUGGAGGAGAAAGUCGAUGGCAGCAUCUUCCCGCGUUGA